UUCGCCUGAAGGGCUUUGCUAAUACUCCAUUUUAUACACUCAGCACGGGAGAUAGCGAAGUUGAUUUAGACGGUGAAGCGUGAAGUUUUGUUAGACGUUUGUCUAGGGAGUGUGUAAAACUACUAGUACGAGCAUCUGUUGUCGACUGAGUGUGAUUUUGCGUCACUUUCAUUUUGAACAGCUGAACGAAACAGGAGGCUAAUAUAGCUGAGGAGGCCGGUGAAAGGCUAGCUGGUUUUCUCUUGAUUUUACCUGUGAGGAAGACAGACAUGUAGUAGGUUUACCUUGGCAAUCGUGCUGCGGGGCGGCCAGCCCGAAACGUUCCGAGAUGAUUGUAGAAACUUUGAAAGGGCAAAUGGAAAAGCUGGAGGAGCUGUUACCUGGCAUUGAGAACUAUCUUUCUCAGACGUUGGCCAAUGAGAACUUGUCUGAUGAGGCAGAGGAAUUGAGGCAGUACUUCGUGGAGCGCUUGGAUAUUUUGAAACUCCCACCCUCACGGCCGCCGCGCACAUCAGUGUCACACAAGAGUGAAGCAAUAACAGAAAAAAUCCCUGCAUUAAAGGACGAAGAUAGUGUUGAUGCUGAAACCAAGGUGUCUGUCAUCUCCACAAACCCUGUAUUGGACUUUGCAGCCAAACAGCGUGAACUGUCUAGAACAUUGCUCACACAUACUGAUGAAGAAUCGAAUGACGAAUGGAGCAGUUUGUGUCGUCAGUCACACCUUUUCCUGCCAUUUCUUCAGGAGGAAGGCAAGGUUUAUGAUGACAUUGGCGAUGAUGAUGGGAGUGAUAUUGAUGGAGAAACAAAAGAUGACCAGGAUUUGUACGAGGUUCCCGUUACCAGUGCCUCCAGCGACAACCUAGGCCCAACAUCGGCCUUGUUUGAUUUUCCUCCGGGCUCCAGCGAUGACCUCAAUAGCACUGACACAACAUUGGACAGCUGCUCCCGCCCCAGUUUACCCAUGAUUGACAUCGUGACCACACCCCCUCCCCCUGUAGGUCCACCUCCACCUCUCCCGCCCCGUCAUCAUCGACAGUCCUCAGAUGAUCGCAGCACUGGAUCGCUACGUCUCAGCAUGACCAUCAAUGAGCCGCCCGAACUUCCUGCCAGACCGCAUUUACCUCCACGCUCAGAAAUCUACGCACUUACAGAGCGAUCAGACAGAUCAGAAAAAUCUGAGAAAUCUGAAGAUCCGACAGAUGAUGGAACAGUCCUUAAUGGUGGAAAAUGUGGAUGCUUCUGUUCGUGGGAAUAUGAGACUGGGACUUCAUAUGAGUCCUAUGAAGAGGAGGCUGGUGCGAAUUCACAGGAUUCUGAUCUUCUCACCAAACUCAACCUUAAACUACCCGUGCCUAUACCCAGAAAAAAGAAGAAACGGAAAGCGUUCAGCAAGUCACAGUCUUCCUCGCAGUGGGACUUAAAUCUGAGUUUUAAAGAUUUGAAUGAAGUAACCAUUUGUGGAGAGUUGAAUUUGCAUGGGAAGCUGACAUGGAACAGGCGAAUAGUCGCCGUAACUAACAGACGUUUGCUGUGUUACAAACCAGAGAAAAUGGGCAAGCCUGCACUGGUGGUACAGCUUCCUGGUUACCAGGCAACAUAUAAUGCGGAAAGCCCGAAAGGAUUUGAGAUCUUACUUCACCAUCCAUUGGCAGAGAAUUAUGUAUUUUUAGUGGACUUGAUUGAGUGGGCACAAUCAUGGUGUGAGAUUGCAUACAGAAUGGUUACAUCAUAUAAUAGCCAGUGUAUUAACAUUUGUGCAAUACAGAAAGGCAUGUACUGGCAUGAGAGAACUUACACUGUUUGUUGUUGUUGUUUUGCAGUACAUCAGGCUGCAGCAGAUGGGAGAGAAGCCCCGGGGAGAGUGUUGCGUCUGUACCGCCAUUCUGGUUCCUUCCUUACAGACGUGAUGUAUCGCAAGGGAGAGGCUUGCUCUGCAUCUAGCACGUCCAUCGCUAGUAGUGAUGCAGGGAGCGAAGUUGGAUCAUACGGCCCAGGUAGUAAGAGAGAUUCCAAAGAUCGCUCAAACCGUGUCUCGUCUCUCGCUCAAAGAGCAUCAACAUUCCUCAUCAAAAAGCGUGGCCCAAAGAAGCAGACUGUGAUAGGCAUCCCUGCGGAGAUCCUGAGUGAGGCUAGGCCCCGCCCUGUCAGUAAAGAUGGAAGUUUGGAGGGCCGGUACAAGGGUCUGCCGACCAAGGCACCCAAGCCAGGGUCGACGGAGCCACAGUCCAGUCAGCCCCGAGACUUCAGAGUCUCUCAUGAAGGUUACUUGUAUGUGUACAGCACUUAUAACAGAAAGCGUAUUGGUAAGCGCUGGUGCCUGGUGCGUGAGAACCAGUUUGAGUGUUACCCUAGUGAGGAGAGCAGUAUCUGCGAGAUGAGCUUCCCGCUAAAGGACUGUACAUUCCGUCAUGCCAAACAGGAGACCAACAGUGAAAAGAGUUUUAUGAUCCUCCACAACCAGACGGAGAAGAUAACUGUUGAGGUUCUCUUCCCUCCAUUGCUGUUUGAAGUGAUGGAUGACUGGAUUAGUGUGUUGUUACGGGAGACAAAGACUGCUAAGGUUCCCGAAGGACUUGAUCGUUAUUACACUGAGAAGGAAUACGAAGUCCCUCCAGAGGAUCUUCUGAAUCAAGACGAAGACCCGGACGAUCCAUAUUCCUGUAUCAAAGACAUUUCUGUGAACGGAAGUGCUGAAGAAGAAAUGGCAGCCAAUCCAGAAAUAACAAAGGACACAAACGAAAAACCAAAGGAAGCUAAAAUUGUGGCCGACAUGUACUCUCCUGUAUUGUGGGAAACAAAGAAAAGAAAUUCUUCCAAAACAUCAAUCUCUAAUGAAAAAGAAGCAACUUCGCCUUCUGCUGCUCUGCUUGACCAUGACAAAAUGUGUAUCAAAGAAGUUGGAGACCAUAGCAACCAUUCCCAGAACUCUACACCUGACGUCCAGCCACCCAAAUCAAUGUACACAGUAGGUGUGACAGACUCAGGCUACACUACUGCCUCCAGCCCCACAUCGACGAAUCAGGAAUCUCCAAAUGAUAAUGGAAUUGUACAGCCAGACAACAGGGUGACCACUCCCGGCAAUCCAAAUACUAUGGAGUCCCUCAUGAAAGCUUGGGAUGUGAAAGCCAAAAUCCAAACCAUAGAAAAAACAAAAGCAGAGAGCAGCAUUCCAAAAACAGCAGCCAAUCUGAAAUUUCCCAUUCAGAAGAAAGCUCAAGGUGAUGUCAAAUCAAAGGCUCGGUCAUUUGAUGAAAAAAAUAAUAUUGAAAGUACACCUACUCCGACACCACCAAAAAGGAGACGGUCAUUGUCAGCGAAAAACAAGGAUAAUUCACCCAAGACAUUGUCUACCUCUAGUCCCUUGAAGCCUGUCUCACUCAAUUUUGCAUCCUCAGAUUCAAAGGUUCCUGUCUCUGGCUCCAUAGAUGAAGAAAAAGAAGUUGACAAUGACAGAUGUGCUAAGCCUGUCUAUGAAAGCUCAAGUUUACCCUCUCACAAUAAAGAACUCUCAUCAAGGGAGACAAACCCUGAAAUGACUGAUAUAACCUGCUCUGAAUCACAGAGCAAUGGACAUGUUAAUCUGCCACUAAGAGAAGACAGUGUGAGCUCAUCUGUGAGCUCGUGUUGUGAUACAGAUUCUUAUGUCACGGACUCUUCCGAUUCAGCGCUACGAUCAGAACAUGAAACUCCUAUAAACUCUGACAGUGAAAGUCUGAAUUCCCAACAUUCCCCAACACCAGAGUACAAAAAUCCAGCCAAAGAUUCUAAAACAAUGGACAUGAUGUUUUCAUCACUUGAUGACAGACUAAAAUCGAUGGGGGAAGAUAAUCGUGAUAUUGACUCAAGGGAGGGCAGUCAGGAGCGUCACACAUCCAGAGAAAGUAGCCAGGAGCCAACGACGUCUUGCAGCUCGUGGGACAGCAGCCAAGAAACAAAUUUUUAUAAUUUUGACAAUGGGUCUAGCCCAGAUACAACACAGGAGGAUGCUGACGAACUCUUCUUCCCUGAAGGUGAGAAAACUGGUGAGAAUUCCCACAAAAAAGAACUUGCCUCAUUGUCUGUGAGUAGUGAAAACAGCCUGAGCUCUGAUGUGACAUUACUUGGGCACAACACAAUUUCCACCGACUCAGUCAGUGGCCAUCUUGAUGAUGACCUUCAGGAGGACCCUGACAAAGGCUCACAGAAAGACAUCUCUGAUUGGAUCAACCAGUUGGACACGUUGAGGCGGAAGCUAGUGGAGCUCAAGAAGAACAGGAUAAAGAUUCGAGAUAAACGCCUGCGAGCCAGAGAUGAGAAGGAACUGUUUAUUUGUGAGGAAGAAUUUCAGCGAUUAGACGAUGCCUGCAAGGAGACAGGUCAGGAGAUAUCUGAGCUAGAGGGGCGGAUCAAGCUGGUGGAGGGACACGAGUUGACACACUCCACGGAGGCCUAGCCAGCACAGAGAAUCUUACAGAUUGUGUGUCUGAUGUACAGGCUGCUAUACACGUAACAUGUAUGGAGGAAGACUUCAGACUAACGUUGUGACUACUUCAUGCUUAACUUCCUAAGUGCCAUGUUUGGUUGUGAAUUGUAUUUUUUUUUAACCUUUUAUUGUUUUUGUUUAUUAUUAUUAUUACCAUUUCUACAUGGACAUUUUGUCCCAUUUUUGUAAGGGAGCAUCCAUAGUUCCAUUUGUAUAUAGACAUGUACCUGCUCAUUGAGUUGUUCUCCUGUGUUGUUUUUACCUUGUACAUAAUUGCUCCACCUGUGGAAUAUCCUCUCAUUAUGGACAUAAUUGAGCAGAUGUGCUGGCUGAACCUGGGUCAAAUUUGCAAACAAAUGAUCAGUGGCAAAUUUAAGUGAAACAUUCAGUUUGAAAAAAUCGGUGUGUAGUUUUAUGUUUUUUAAAGGCUUGGGAUACUUUGUCGUCAAUAAUACUGGACGUUCAUGAUUUGGGAAUCAUAAUAUUUUAUUUUGGGUAUAAAUAUGUUAGACCCGUAUAAAUUUACAGUAUAAAAGCUCUGUACAAUUACUGACUAUUACUGUGUUAAAAAUUUUGCUCCUUUUGCUCUACACUCCCAUCCCCUUUUCCUGUGGAUCCUUGGACUGUGAUGAGCUCCGUUUAACCAUUUUUUCUGCUAUAUAUUUGAUAAUAUUUGGAAAAUACCAAGUUGGAGAUCACAAACAAGAAGAUCAAACUGCAAAUAUUUAUCU